AUGGGCAGCACUCUUCAUCUGACUGACACUAACCAGGGGGUUGUUUCUGAAGCUCCAGAAAUCAUUUUUAGAACGAGAGGUGGUCUCAGUGUAUCAUUUGACUCGCCAGCAGCUGAUGAUUCAUCCUGCAAGAAGGCACUUGUGCAAGAAUUGAACAGUCUUUCUGAAAAACUUCAGUCGGAGUCCCUGGUGCUUAGUGUCAGACACAGUUCAUUGUAUAUAUGGCCCAACGCUGGGGGCAGCACGUCACCCUCCGCUCUGACAGACGAGUCCCCCUGCAAAGACAUCUUGAAUUUUAUCCAGUCUGAUGAUGAUGAUACUAGGCACAAAAACUCUAAAAGGAAGGAGAAAAAGCAACAAAAAAUGCAGGAGGUUGUGAAUCUCCACAUCAUGUUUGAGCUGUCUACCUCCUCUAAAGCUGAAACUCCACUAAUAACGUACAACAAGCAGAGUCAUCAUCGUGUGAGCUUGACAUUGCCCAUUGACACAGCUAGAUCUGUUUCUGCAGAAGACAAAUGGGGGAGUGUUCGUGGGAUUCUAGUGAAAGCGCUCAAACAACAGCUGUCUGACAUGCAGAGGUGCAUGCUGAAAUAUAUGAAAGGAACUUCAAUUUGUUUGGCAGAACCAUUCCACUUCAUGUUACCAGAAAGUAAUUGCCUUCUGACGGUGGUUUAUCCAGCAGGAGUAGCAGAGUCCCAACUGGAGGACAACAGAAAGAUGUUGCACACAGAAUACAAACUUCCAUUGGAUAGACCAUACUUUAGAAAAGCCAAUGCCUAUCAUUUCCCCGAUGACGUGUACAAGGAUGGGUAUCUCCGGAAUCCACAUUUAUAUCUUAAUCAUCCUUCUAUAGAGGGAGGCACAGUCUCCUUGGUUCAAGGAAUAUACAGUUACCAUCACUACAUGCAAGAUCACAUGGAUGACAGUGGUUGGGGCUGUGCCUACCGCUCUCUACAGACCAUCUGCUCCUGGUUUAUUUACCAAGGUUACACAGACAAGCCUAUUCCGACACACAGGGAGAUUCAGCAGGCUCUGGUGGAUGUUGGAGAUAAAGCUGCAGCGUUUGCUGGAUCUAGGCAGUGGAUUGGCUCCAUAGAGGUUCAGCUCGUACUCAACCAGCUGUUUGGCAUUACAUCAAAAAUUAUGUUUGUUAGCCAGGGCACAGAGCUGGCAUCUAAAGGGAGAGAACUUGUUAAUCAUUUCAAGACUGAAGGAACACCAAUAAUGAUUGGGGGAGGUGUUCUGGCUCAUACAAUCCUUGGAGUGAACUGGAGUGAGUCCACUGGCGAAAUUAAAUUCCUCAUUCUCGAUCCACAUUACAAAGGAGCUGAAGAUCUCCAGACAAUCCUGGAAAAGGGAUGGUGCGGCUGGAAAGGAAUCGAUUUCUGGACGGCAGAUGCCUACUAUAACCUGUGUUUACCACAGCGGCCUGUAGCUAUAUGAUCUGUUUAUGGAAGCUGCAUGUUAUAUGUGACUUCAGAGUUACAAUGACA